AUGCGGGUUCAGCGCAGUUUGGUUUUAUUCCUACUUGGAGUGAUCCUAGGCGAAAGUGUGACGUCCGGAGAGGAUGGGGCAGAAAAGUCAUGGGUUUCCCAGCUGAGGAAGCUGCGAAGUGACCUGCGUGACUGCUACCAAUCUGAUGUGUCCCAAAGUCUGUGGUCUUGCUUCCGCUCCAGGAGUCUGCACAUCUUCGAGAACAUCAUGACGUCUCCGGAGAUUUCCAUAUACGAUGGAGUGCGUCUGGUUUCUGCAGCCGAUAAGCCAGUCAAUUCUUCGAGUGCCCAAGACGAGCGAAAGGAUCUGAAGCACCUCACCUGGUUCGACCAGUUGGCAGUGAGUUUGGCCAAGGGCCUAACCACCCACACUUUGCAAGUGAAUCUGGGGAAGCUGACAGAACGAUACCUAAGUAGUGAAACCUCCACCACCGAUCCUGUGGGAAGUGCCAGGGUGAGACGACAUCGCUACAAUAUGAUCAUCACCAUGAUGUUUGGUGUCACCGCUUUGGGAGCUAUCUUGGUUCCCAUGGGAUUCCAGAUGCUGUCGAUUGUGAGCGGCAAAGCUCUUUUGCUGGCCAAGAUGGCCCUGCUCUUGGCCUCCAUCAACGGACUAAAGAGGGUAGCAAACAAUGGAUUACACUAUGGACUAUACCAUGUGCCAGGGGAACAUUUAGGAGGAUACUACGACAGGGGGGAUGUGAGCCACCCAAGGUACGUGCCCAUUCCCGCAGUUUCUCCAACUCUGGAGGUGGGAUUAAAAUAG